UAUAAUAAUAUGACAACUUUUAUGUCUUUUCAAUGCAGUUUUGAUGAAGAACCACUCUGCCGUGAGCUACUGGAAUUCAUCUUUAGAGAGUCCCAGCAGCUUUGUGACCAACUGGAAUCCCAAGGCUCUGUAAUGGAUUUGGAUUUCCUUUAUUCUCGCUAUGAAGAAUUCCAUCGAAUACUUCUAAUAUGUGCAGACAGGGGACUUUUACAAGAUGUGGACAACAUCAUAGAAAAUUUACAAAAAGUGCUGCAAUUACUAAACGCUCAUUAUGAACCUUCUUUGGGAUUCAGGCCUUCUUUGCUGAUGACUGGAAACAGAGGACGCCCCUCUUGGGAAAUUUCCAGUGAACAAUUGCAGUACCUUCUUGACUUUCAUUUUACAGUGAGGGAAAUUGCGCGGCUUUUUGGUGUCAGUUACAGGACCAUACGCCGAAGAAUGUCUGAAUAUGGUUUAUCUGUAAGGAUGUCUUACAGUGACCUACCAGAUCCGGAUCUUAGAGAAAUAAUCAGCCAUUUCAUUGGCCAAUUUCCCAAUUCUGGGAUUAAAACUGUCUCUGGAUAUCUCAACAGCAUUGGAUUACGAAUCCAGAGAUCUCGGAUAAUGGAAACACUAAGACUUGUGGAUCCAGUUGGAACCUUUUUUCGCGGUCUAAGCAUCAAUAUUAUUCCAAGAAGAGUCUACUCAGUACCAGCACCCAUGGCUCUCUGGCACAUUGAUGGGAAUCAUAAAUUGAUACGAUGGAGGAUCGUCAUUCAUGGGGGAAUCGAUGGUUACAGCAGAAAAAUUAUGUACCUCCAGGCUGCUGACAACAAUAGAGCAUCCACUGUUUUUUCAGCCUUUCUUGAGGCCAUUCAGCAGUUUGGAGUUCCAACACGUGUCCGCAGUGAUAAAGGGGGUGAAAAUGUUGAGGUGGCUCGCUUUAUGCUCGAGCAUCCGCUACGUGGACCAGGUAUUUUAUUAAUUUUUUGUUAAAAUUGUUUCUUGCACAAAGAUCCCAGAUGUGACUGAUAAGACUUUUAUGGAUGCAUGCAUUUGAU